GUAAUUUCAUAUUGCUACAGUUCCUUCCAAUGUUGCACAUUCUACGUUUAUUAUAUGUUUACACAAAAUUCGUUGAAUACUUAAUUUUAAGAAUCCUUCGUGAAUUAUGAGGCUGCAUAAGAUAUUGAUAAAGACACCUCGAUGAUUAUUAAUUCGUGUAUGAAACUAAAUGACGGUAUUGAACAGCACCUCGGUUUACAUCUUUCGUCAUAAAUGAACAGUUGACUCGACACGUCACAGUUGCAACAAUUGGAACGUUACGAGCGAUUUGUUGUGGUUUUAAACAUAUGUAUACGUUAACUGUCUCGAUUCCAGCUACGGUUAAAUACAUUUCGUGACAAUUUGCGAGACCGUAUGACAGAUGUUAUAGAAUAAGCUUGAGGAAUAUCGGUUUCAAGAAACUCGAUACUGUUUGGUUUACAAUGAAGGUCGAAACUAACUGCAUUUAAAAAUUUCUUUUGCAAUAGAAUAACUAUAAAGAGUUACUAAUGUACAUAUAUUAAGGUGCCUUAUUUGCUAAUUAAUGUAGAAGAAAGUUCAUUCGGGCAACGAUCAACAAUGGAUGUAAGUUUAUUGUUUCGAGCCAGUGUGAAGACCGUAAGUCUUCGCAAUAAGGAUCUAGGGUUUCCAACCAAUACGCAACCUCUUAAGAAGACUAGAAACAAAAGUCCUUUCUUUAUAAAAGCACAGGCAGUUGUAGUACAAAUUUCUAAAUUACACGAAUUCUUGUUAGAAAACCGCAAAGCAUAUUUGAACUUUUCCAACCAUUUGUCCUAUGUACCUAGUAUGAGCGAUACUGAUCGCGAUGAAAUAGAUAUCGGGGCGCAAAAGAUAAUGACCACCUGUUCUCAGUUAAUCAAGGAUUUACGAAGAGAGAUCGCAGACGCAAAGGUCUCACCGCAAAAUUUGGAGCAUAGGGAAAUCAUGUUGCUGUUGAUAGAAGAGUAUCUGAAAAAUGUAUGUAAGAUUUAUUCAGAACAAAAAGCAAUGCGCGUGAAGAGAGCGAUGGAAGUGAGAAAAAUAGCAAAGUUAGAGUUAGAACCUAAACCUGUAAAACGGCUAGAACUUGAAGCAAAAAAAUCGAGUUUGAAUGCGGAUGAAAAACUAGAAGAGAAAGAAAGUAAAACCGAUUCUAACGACUCUAGUCCUAUGAAAAUACAAGAAAUAAACGGAGACGUUAAUUCGUUGAUGUACGAAGAGGAAUUGUCACCUGAAGAUAUACAGCUGUUCGAAGCGGAAAAUGAACAGCUGUACAACGAACUUAACACGAUCACGGAAGAAGUGAAGCAAAUAGAGAGCAAAGUAGUACAUAUAGCUGAGCUACAGGAGAUAUUUACGGAAAAGGUUUUAGACCAAGAUAAAGAUUUAGAUCGUUUGAUGACGACGGUCGUUGGAUCGACGGAGAACGUGACCGAAGCUAACGAACAAAUCAGACAAGCUAUUCAACGGAAUGCAGGGCUUAGAGUAUCGAUACUAUUCUUCCUUUUAGUUAUGUCGUUUUCACUGUUGUUUCUAGAUUGGUAUAAUCCUUAA